AUGAUAUAUGAACCGGUUUGGGAUGACCUGGACGAUCGUCCUCUACCGCAGUGGUACGACGAAGCAAAAAUUGGUGUUUUUGUUCAUUGGGGAUUAUAUUCCGUACCAGCUUUUCAUUCUGAAUGGUUUUGGUUUGAAUGGGAGCGCGGAACCCCAGAAGUUGUUGAAUUUGUCAUUAAAAAUAACAUCAGUUCCUACGAAAGUUUCGCGCCGAAGUUUACAGGCGAAUAUUUUGAUCCUGACGACUGGGCAGAACUAUUUUUUGAAGCAGGAGCAAAGUACGUCGUUCUCACUGCCAAACAUCAUGACGGUUUUGCUCUAUUUCCAUCAUUAGGAGACCCUGGCUGGAACUCAAUUGAAAUUGGUCCACAUAAAGAUAUAGUAGACUUAGUCGCAAAGUCUGUUAGAAAAUAUCCCAUGAAAUUUGGUGUUUAUUACUCAUUAUUAGAAUGGCACAACAAAAUUUAUUCGAAGGCGAAACAUGAACUAGACAUUAAAAUGCACGCCAAAUAUGUACAAAAUGUAAUGUUCCCAGAUAUCAAAAAAUUAGUAAAGAAAUAUAGACCAUCUGUGCUGUGGAGCGAUGGAGACUGGGCAGAACAAAGUUAUGGUUCCUGGAGGGCAGAAGAAAUCUUGGCUUGGAUUUACAAUGAUGGAAAUGUUAUGGAUGAGAUAGUAACUAAUGAUAGGUGGGGACAGGCAGCCCGAUACAAUCAUGGAGAUUUCUACAGUGGUGAUGAUAGAUUCGUUCCAAAGAAGUUGCUAUUGCAUAAAUUUGAGAACGCUUUUACUCUUGACAAAGCCUCUUGGGGCUAUAGACGACAAAUGGAUCUUAUGGAUUUCGAAGAAAUGCUACAACUCGUCGUGACCACUGAAAUGCACUGGUUAAUGUUGGACCCACGAAAGAAGGAGUCAUACCGCAUGAAUUCAGAGAACGGCUUCUGUAUUUGGGCAAAUGGCUAA